CUAAUACUUCCUCCCAAGAUACAGAGCAUCACUUAUGCCGCACAUUCGUUAACUCCUCUCUUCUCCUCUCCAGUCCCCUUCUUUCUCAUUCUCACUGUCUCAGUCUAUUAGUUUCGAAGGACUUUCAGAGGAGAAAAGAAACUGGUAACCUUUGUACUCUUUUUUCCUCAUAAACCUUCAAAGUCGCCUACCCACUCAUUCGCUUACACCAAUCAUGUUCAACCCACAAGAGAACGAAGCUCCACAACAUCCACUACAGAACAAUUCAAAACCUGGUCCAAAGGGAGCUUAUGAAGUGAGGAGAGUGAACAAUGGGUUGUACAUUAGGGUGGACAUGCCUGGAGUAGCAUCAUUAGAUGAUGUGAAACUCAACAACAAGUCUGACAAACAUUCUAUUACUUUCUAUGGAAAAGCCCCAAUGCGUGAGGGUUGGCCCCUUGACGACUCUCAAAGAGUUUAUGCAGGCUCCAUUUGUCUUGAUCGUGAUCCUGACUUAAUUCCUAUUGAAAAGACUUUCAAGAAUGGAUGUUUAAGGCUCUUUUUACCUGCUGCAGAUGGAAACCUUUGCUUCCUUACUAAUCAAGAAUCUGGACAGAGCCAAAAUCCUGCUGAUGAGCAAGUUCAUCAACCUGACGUCAUUAUAGGUGGAUUGGUUUGUGUAAUUCCUUAUAAGCCUGAUUGUGGCUGCUGCAAAGGAGGACAUUCAGAUAUCCAAGAAAGAACAUGCACCAAAGAAAUGUCAUUCAUUAACCCAUGUGUACUGCAGGGGGUUAGAGGUGUAUAUGAAACAAAAUUCCUGCAAGAAAAGGAAGGAGAUGAUGGGUGGGGGAUGUACUUCAGGUUUGACAUGCCAGAUUUCAGUACUGCAAGAAUGUGUCAAGUGAAGGUGGAGAAGAAACGUUGUAUAAUAUUUGGACCAAUGGGCUCAAAAGAGUAUCCUCUCGACCAAGGAGGCCGGUCUUACUUCUGUAAACUGACCUUAUGCUGUGAUUGUUGCUACUUUCUCUCAGAGAAGGCCGUGCAUGAACUUAAAGACGGUGUUAUGAGAAUGUGGUUUACAAUUUUAUCAAAGCAGAAGAACAAUUCUUCAUCAGCAAAGCGUGUGAGAAACAACUCUCGUCGGACCUAAUCUGACACCUUUGAUGUUGCUAGCCGCUGGGGAUUUUGUAUUGUAUGGCUGACCAAGAAAUCAUCUCAUCGUUACGUUUAACACUAAUGCAUGCGAGAUAAUAUCACAACUUUAAAUUGUUUUAUUGCAACUAAUGACCAAAAAUAAUUUAAUAACUUGAAAUAAAAA